AUGCCCACUUCUAGACUCGAUGGAAAACCAAGGGUACACUUUCUUCAUUGGAGGCAACGAGGAAAAACGACCAAUGACUUGUUCGGAAGGAUAACAAAAGCAAAGGUUGCCAUUGAUGGCAAAGAACUGAAAAUACAGUUUGGGUUAGCUAGUGUUAAGAAAGAAUCGGAGACUGCGAAGACUUUCUGGUUCGGCAUGGAAAACCUCUUCUUUAGCUUGGCUCACUCUAGCAACGAGUACGAGUACAAGCAGGUGACAAAAGAAGUCCAGAAGCUACUUUCUUACAAAAACGAUAUCAACGGAUGGAUUAUGCUUACCAAAGGAUGGACUGUGGUGACCUGUGGUCAGGCUAACACUAUUGUCACAACCCUAGAGGAAUUUUCUGUCUGGACGCAACACAUAAUUGGGGAAGAAUGGGGACAUGCUUUCACCAAGCACCAUGACAGUCUUAUAACUGGGAAAAAUGGACUCUCCUGCAUCACCUUCCAGAUUGCUGGAAAUGCCCCAAUGCAUUUGGACUGCCCAGUCUGUGACGACCCCAUGGAGACCAAGUUGGUCAAAUAUAACUGCUGCCACCCUCGUCUGCAGAAUGCUGCCAAUUAA